GUCCACUUGUCACAUUGUGCACGGCGCUGCAUCAGACUACAGAGUGUGUUGCGCUCGUGGAUGCGUUCAACAGGAGUCAAGAGACAAUCACGCGCUUUUAAGAACUUAGAAGCGAUUUACGUAUCGAUAGAGAAGACUAGAGCAUUUGUCAGUAGGUCCAUUUGGCAUCGAUUCCCACCAAAUCGACCAUUUAUAAGUGACAUGUUGCCGUUUUCCGCUUGAGCAAAGGAGUCUCUCGCGCGCAUUUGGAACAGUGUGCAUCGCGCGCGGUCUCCAGUCCACUUCAGAUAUUUUAUAUCAGAAGAUUUCUGGACAUCUUCGCCAUGGCACCGCCACAAAACGGAUCUAACCUAACGGGGAACUUUACAAACCAGUUCGUGCAGCCACCGUGGCGCGUCGCGCUCUGGUCUGUGGCGUACAGCUCCAUCCUAGCGAUCGCGGUGUUCGGGAAUCUGAUCGUCAUGUGGAUCAUUCUGGCUCACAAGCGGAUGCGAACCGUCACCAAUUACUUUCUGCUCAAUCUGGCGUUUUCAGACGCAUCGAUGGCCGCUUUCAACACUUUGAUUAAUUUUGUUUAUGCCACGCACGGUGAUUGGUAUUUUGGAGAAGCCUACUGCAAAUUUCACAACUUUUUCCCCGUCACCUCCGUGUUUGCGAGCAUUUACUCCAUGAGCGCAAUAGCAGUCGACAGGUACAUGGCCAUCAUCCAUCCCCUGAAACCACGACUCUCAGCCACAGCCACUAAGGUGAUCAUUGUGUGUAUUUGGGUGCUGGCUGUGGUUUUGGCCUUUCCACUGUGUUUCUUUUCAACCAUCAAAAAAUUACCCAAGCGUACCCUCUGCUACGUUGCCUGGCCGAGACCUUCAGAGGACCCUUUCAUGUAUCAUAUCAUCGUGGCAAUGCUGGUGUAUGUUCUGCCUCUGGUGGUCAUGGGCAUUAACUACACUAUUGUGGGGUUGACACUUUGGGGAGGAGAGAUUCCUGGUGACUCAUCAGACAACUAUCAGGGUCAACUGCGAGCCAAAAGAAAGGUGGUGAAAAUGAUGAUCAUCGUAGUGGUGACCUUUGCCAUCUGCUGGCUGCCGUACCAUGUAUAUUUCCUGGUUACAGGAUUGAACAAGCAACUGGUUAGAUGGAAGUUCAUUCAGCAGAUCUAUCUUUCAGUCAUGUGGCUUGCCAUGAGCUCCACCAUGUACAACCCCAUUAUUUACUGCUGCCUGAACAGCAGGUUUCGGGCCGGCUUUAAACGGGUUUUCCGCUGGUGCCCGUUUGUGAGGGUGUCUGACUACGACGAGCUUGAGCUGCGGGCCAUGCGGCAUAAAGUAGCGCGUCAGAGCAGCAUGUACACGCUCUCACGAAUGGAGACCACCGUUGUCGCUGUGUGUGACCCCUCAGAGCCAACCGCCCACCCAGGCCGGAAGAGCCUUCACAACCACCAGCACAACGGCUGCUCCAACCCGGCCAAGAGCAAAGAAGUAACGUAUAUGCAAAGCGACCCGAAGGAGGAAUUCUGUUGAGAUGGACUUUUGAUGUAAGAUUCACACUGAAGUAUCAAGCACAGCCAUUUUAACAAACCUCAUUCUGUAAAUUUGCAAGGGAUGUUAAGAAGUAAAAAGCAGACUGUUUCAGUUUCAUUUUCGUCAUAUCAUUAAUUAAAUAUGCUAGUAUAACAGCAUCCUCGUACAGUAAUUUUUCAAGAAAUGUGUUUUAUGGAACAUGUUUGGUGUGCUUUGCCUUGAAAACUUGAGUCACCCCACAGCACUCGUCAUCACAAAGACCAAUAUUGUCCAACAUCUGAGGAGCACUUUGUCCGUCCCAGAAAUUGUAGAUAGAGGUUGCCCUUUGAUGCCAAUCAGGUACUGUUCUCUUUCAUCAUGUGGUUAGCAAGGUUAGCAUGCUACAUGAAUGCCAAAGGUCUGAUUUCUCCCUGGAGCUGAACACUCAAUUCUUGUUAAAAUAUCUCAUGUUUGAAAUGGUUCAGACUGAUGCUACAUCCUGGGCAGCUAUGUGAGUAGGUUGCUUUUCCAGCACACGAGCUACUUGGCUGAAUUGGUUAGCUUCAUAUUCUCUCUCAAUUAAUCUAAAACAUUUAAUUUAUCUGAUGAGAUGGUAAAACCAGUUUUGCAUCAGUUGUAGAAUAGCAAUUUGGAAUUGUUUGGAAUUAUUACUACUGCACUGUGUAUGAAGAUUUUCAUUUUGCAUGGAAUAACUAGAUAAACUGCUCAAGUGCACUGUGUGGGAUAAUUUAUCCUAAAAUGCAAUGCGCAUGACUUUAUGACCUUUCAUUUCAAAGAACCAGCGGUGUUCUUUGUUGUUACAUUGUUUCAUUGGUCUGCUGAUCAAAUUUUUAUGUUUCUUUGAUAACUGGUAGCUACUUGCUGAAUUAAACAUGCACAGAGCAAGGUAGCGUGCUGCUCUUUGAAAAUGUGUGCAUAAUGUGUACUGUUGUACAUCCUAUUUUUAAAAUAUAUAUGCAGCAUACAGUGCUACAGGAGAUUUGGUCAACCAAUGCUGUAUUUAUUUGAUCAAAAAUACACUAAACAAUAAUAGGUUACACUUUAAUUUAAGGUGUCAGUAUUACAGUGUAAUUAUACAUUUAAGUACUGAGUAAUAAUAAUUAACUACAUGUACUUACUGUAGGGUUAGGAUGAGGGUUUGGUUUAGGGUUAAUUGCAUGUAAUUAUGCAUAAUUUAUAGUUAUUACUACAGUAACUAAAUGUAACGUGUAACAAUGACACUGUAAAAUAAAGUGUUACCCAGUAAUAUUUGAAAUAUUGUUACAAUUGAAAAUAACUGAUAUCAUUUUUUUAUUUUAAUAUAUUUUAAAACUUAAUUUAUUUUUGUGAUGGCAAAACAGACAUUACUCUAGUCUUCAGUGUCACAUGAUCCUUCAGAAAUCAUUCUAAAGGCCAAUUCACACUCCACCGACAGACGGCAACAGAGCUUGUUUUCGCCGUUUGAACAUACUGAAUCGGCUCUUGCCGGGUUGUGGAAUGUCUGAGAAAUUACAUAUUAUAAUUUGGUGAUUGUCUGUGCUGGUCAUUGUCUGCCGGUGCGAAUUGGCGGUGCGGUGUCGGUGUGAAUUGGCGUUAAUAUGCUGAUUUGGUGCUUAAGAAACUAUUAAUUUGUUUUUAAAAAAUCUUACUGACUCAACAGUUUUGAAAGGUAGUGUUCAUAAUAUACUGUAAUUUUACGAUAUAAAACAGUAUGCUGGCUAGAACUUAAUUGAAAUGCUUAAGCAAAGUGAAUUCAUUCAAAAUUCACUGAUACUAUCUAAAAAAAAAAAAAAGAAAAGCUAAUUGUAUAUUGUCCAUUGACAUGGCUGUAAACCAUCUGAUAAUCGGCUAAGCAGAUAUAGUUAAUCAGCUGAUGAAUCUCAAAAUGUCCAAAUAUUGGUCCAUAAUCGACCUGGCUAACUACGAAAUAUGCUAGUUUGUUCCAUUAGCACAUUAUGGUGACUGGGAGGGGACAUGUUCGGUUCACUUAUUCAUUUGUGGGAACAUCAUAUUAACUCGUAGGAACAUGAUAAUAUGUCGUGGCCACAAGAUCAUUUUGUCGAGGUAAAGACAUCCUUAUGUUCUGGCCUCGAGAAUGACAUAUUCUUUUCGUGGUCAUGACUUAUGUUGAGGAAACAUCUAUUUCUUGGGACCACAAGUUUAAUGCUGUAGUGUAGUGUCAACAUGGCAGGGUGUAAGAUGACUCAGAUUUUCUUGUAAUGUUUUACAAGAAAACAUUACAAGAAAAUCUGCAAAGAAAAAUAGGUAGUGUUUUGGUUUACCUGUGUCAGGUAAGCUGAGACUGAAAAUGGUGUGAUUUAUCUGGUCUGUUAGAUUUCAUUGGCAUUGCAUCAUUACUUGGAAUUGAAGUUUUGGGAGCAGUGCUGCAUGGUGUAACUACUUGCUUAUCUGCCAGAUCAGUGAAGUGUCUGUUUUUGCACAGACUCUAACUGAAUGCUAUAGUAAUGAUUAUAGUACAUGACUUAUUAUCACACCUUAUUAUCACACAGUACCCAAAACAGACCAACACCUCAAGAGUCAUUCAUCUAUAAAACUCUUUUCUAAUAAUUUAUCUCCCAAUCUUUGAGUUAUUUUGUCUAUUCUACCCCCUACUUCUUAUUUUUCAGUUUUAGGCAUUUUCUUUGAAACUCUGCCAGCAAAGCUGGUGUUUCCUGUGUACCCUUCAGUGAAGCUUCCAGCUGAGCACCAUGAGGGGUCGGUUUCUCAAACUAGAGACUGUGAUGUAUUUGUCCUGCAUUGGGGCCGUCCACUUUCUGUCCUGGUUAGAUUUAGUUUGCUUUCUUCUUUAAAGACAGUAGACAUGGAACAGCCUUUAUCUCUCAAAAUAACGAACUGAUUAGUUUCUAAAAAAAUAUGUUUGGCCAUUUCUAAAACAAAACAUGACCAAUUCUUCAGCAACUUUAAAAAAGACAAUGUAUUACAUUUUCAACACUUCACUAAGUAGCACAAACAUUUGCAACUGUGUUAAUAAUAAGAAAGGUUUCUUGAGCAAUAAGAAUGCUUUCUUAAAAAUGUAACACAAAAACGGAGUAGUGGCUUUGCAUGUAUCUCAAGUAAAAUUUUAAAUUAUUGUUUCAAAUUAUUUCAAACAGUUAUAAUAAUUUUAAUAGUCAUAAUAAAUUAUUGUUGUUGUCAGUUGCAUUGUGUUGUUGCACCAUUUUUUGUAGUCUUGUAAAAUAACAAAGUUAAUAAAUAAAUAAAAAACAAGAACCAGGUUAAUGAUAAAAGGUUUUGCUUAAAAUGGAGGAAAGCAUUUUCAUAGCUGUGUGGAAAUGCCAGAGUCUUUACUUGCCCAACCUCGGAGUGAUGUAAGUGCCCUAUUUAAAUUUCUGUCUUAUCUUGUCCUUAGGUCGUUUUCCAAGGUUUUUCAUGAUAUGCUCCAAGUCUAUGCUCUUGCUUUAUGUCUUUAUUUUAUGGGAAUCUAGGACUCGUAUGGUUAAACGGGUUAAAGGGAUAGUUCAUCCAAAAAUUAAAAUUGUCAUCAUUUACUCACCCUCGUGGCGCUCCAAAUCUGUAUGAAUUACUUUCUUCUACGGAACACAAAAGAGGACAUUUUGAAGAAUGUUGGUUUUUGUUUACCAUUGACUUCCAUUGUAUGGACAAAUAAAAAGAAACAUUUCUCAAAAUAUCUUCUUUUAUGUUCCAGUUUGGAACAACAUGAAGGUGGGUAAAUGGUGACAGAAUUUUCAUUUUCAGGUGAACUAAGUGUUCCCCCCAAACCCCAUAGGAUUGUUGUUUAUUAUUAUAGAUUUGCAUAGAUCAUACUCCCAGUGGAUGGUUCUUCAGCAGAGGAUAUAUGUUCCUCAAGGAAGAGAGUAUUCCUCAAUUUACUUAAUUUAGAAGCAAUUGUGCAGUAAUCCACCGCUAAUAAACACGAGACAAGAUCUAUAUAGCUGGUCUAGCCUCAGGAAUUGAUCGGUUAAACCCAAGGAGUGCUGGCCACAAACUUGAACUCUUUAGUUGUUCCUUGGAAAACAUGUUUGCAGGCCUUGGUAUGCUCACCCUCACUGCACCAUGAAUUGCAAGUUUAAUGGAUUUUUUCCAGGUGAGGAAAGCCAGCUGUGGCUCUUCAGAUAAACAUGACCUCUUAUAACUGUUUAUAUGCAUGUGUGCGCUCUCAGACACACAUGCGUUAAUACAUGCAUACUGCAUAUAUAUUUAUAGUGAUUUUUUAAAAAAUAGCUGUCUUUAAAAUAUGUUUGUGUUUUUAUUGUGCAUUUUUGUGACAGUUGUGGUAAAACUGUGUUAGAUUAAUGUGGCCGUAAUGAAUGUAUGCCAUUAUGAAAACUAAUAAAAUAAUUUUUUAUUUACAGGAAAAAGUAGGCCUAUGUAAAUCCCUGUAAAUAUCCCGAAUAUCUCCCCAGAACACCUAAGAUUAAGAAUUGAUUAGAAAUUGUAUAAAAGUAUCAUUAAAAGCCUAGAUGAGCCUAUACACUACUGUUCAAAAGUUGAGGCUUGGUUAAGAUUUUUUUGGUAACACUUUACAAUAAGGUUACAUUAGUUAACUACUUUAGUUAACAUAAACUAAGAAUGAACAAUGCUUCUACAGCAUUUAUUAAUCUUAGUUAAUGUUAAUUUCAACAUUUACUAAUACAUUAAUAAAAUCAAAUUGUAUUUGUUAUCAUUAGCAUUAACGCACUGUGAACUAAUGUGAAUAAACAAUAAACUGUAUUAUAAUGUUACAAAAUAUUUCUAUGUCAAAUAAAUGCUGUCCUUUCUAUUUUUUCCUCUUUCAUCAAAGAACUUUCUAUUCAUAAAAGAAAAAAUCUUCACAGUUGUGCUUGCUUAAUAUAUUUGUGGAAACUGUUUUCAACAUUGAUGAUAAUAAUAAAUGUUUCUUGAGCAGCAAAUCAGCAUAUUAGAAUGAUUUCUGAAGGAUCAUGUGACACUGAAGACUGAAGCAAUGAUGCUGAAAAUUUAGCUUCGCCAUCAUAGGAAUAAAUUACAUUUUAAAAUAUAAGACCUUUUAAAAACAGUUAUUUUAAAUUCUAUUAAUUUUGUACAACAUUACUGUUUUUACUGUAUUUUUACUUAAAUAAAUGCAGCCUUGGUAAACCCCAAACUUUUGAAUAGUAGUGUAUGUUUCACUGUAUAUAUAAUAAUUUAAAGAACCAUCAAUUUAAUGAUUAAUUAAGAUUUUACAUUUAUGGACAUUUAACUUGUGUAAUAUAGGUUAAUGAAUCUCACAUAGACUAAGAGACAAUAUCAAAGAACACCAAACUUGUCUAUUGAUGUUCUUUGAACAUAGCAUGUCUGGCAUUUUGUGGCCUGGUUUCUUGUCUCAUAUCAGCUCUUUCAAACACUUGCACAUGUCCUUUAAAUGACUUUCCUUGACUGUUUCUGAUCUUCUCUUCUUGCCUUUGUUUCAGUGUUAUUUUUGUUGAUGUUCAGUAUAUUGCAUAUCAGUAUAACCUUUAAUUUGUGCAUAGCUGCAAUGCUGAUUUAGACAAGCCUUUAACUGAUGUUCUUGUAAAUACAACAAUUCGCCUGCCUAGUGAAUGUGCUGAGACCAUUUGAAAGUAUUAACCAUGAAUGUAGAAAACAUCAUGGACAUAUUUUGACAGUGUCGUAAAUUCCUAGUAUCAAUAACACUGAUUGAAUGAUCACGCCAUUAUCAGCUCCCAGCGAUCUGAGUGAACAAUGGUGAAUGUGUCAAAAGCAUCGGAGCAUGUCCUUCUUGCCUUAUCAGGGUGUUUCUAAAAUUCAUGUAUGUUUUUAUGUUAAAAAUACUCCAUAUGUCUUUAAUGAAAUGCAUUCAGCAACUGUAUAGUUUGUCAUGUCUUUUGUUUAUUACAGCGUAUAGGUUAAAGACAUUUACAAAUAUGCCUAAUUGUGCUGUACAUUAAUGAUCCGUUUGAGGUCUGACAAGACAUUGCGGCUUUACGUGAGCCGUUCCUAUAAUAAUAAUUUAACACAAUGAUAUUUUACUUUACUAUGUGUUGUGUAAAUAUAACAUUCUGUACUUGUGGAAAAUGUUUGUGCAGGUUCUUACAUGUAUUAACUAAAAUGGUAUUAUAUUUAACUAGAUUUUCAUUUAAAUAAAAAAAUGAUUGUAAUUAUAUGCUCAUAUAUUGGUAUGCUUUAUUGAUAGCUUGUAACAAAUUAGCCUUUUAACUGAAUGUUUCAGCUACUGUUUUCUUGUAUAAACAAGCAUCCAUUGGCAUUUUCCAAGAUUAAAUGAUUAUACUGUUUACAAGCAUUCAUAUUUUUAGGGAAGGAUUAAAAAAAAUGUGGGAUAAAGCUGUCUGUUAUGUUGGAUAUGCUUUUACAAUAGCUUUUUCGAUAAUGAUGUUGUCUGAUCUUGAUGAUAGAAUGGUUAUUAAUUAUAGUGUUUACUGUGAUUCUUAACUUUUUUUUAGUUUAAUGUUUUUGGUUGAAAGCCCUGUACUGCCAGUUAUAUUUUUUGUUAGAUAUGAUGACUCUAGUACAAGUAUUGUAAUUGCCAAACUGUGAUUCAUGGAAAUAAAUGUGUUCAGAUGCUUUUAAAAUGACAAA